AUGGCACCCAAAAUCUUCAACAUAGCUACAGCAAGCGACUACAGCAUAUCCACCUGGCUCCUCCUGGGCGCAACCCUCCAAUCCAUUCUGGUGGCCAGCCUACCAAGGACCAUAUCCCUUCUCCCACCCAUUGUCCUCAUAACAUAUCGCCUCCUCCACAGCUACCUCAUUGCAAUCGGACGCCUCGCAAACCCAAUCACAAAGGAUAUUAUCCACGGCCGCCAAACCUGGCAAAUCCCCACCCCAAAACCAACCAACCACAACGACCCCAACCCAUCAGAAUCCACAACCUCCUCCAUCGUCAUCCUCGUCCUCGCAGCAAGCUGGUCCCACCCCAACGGCCGCUUCUCCCCCGGCAGCCAACAACUAGGCGCCUACUUCACGCGCAUGUGGGAUGCAGCCUCUGCCAACCGCUCCACCUACGGCUUCCUGGGCAACACGCCCGGCCUCAGCACCCACGACACAGGCGCGCGUUCCGACGAGCAGGGCAAGACAGUCGUCUACCUCAGCUACUGGAAGACGCUCGCAGGCCUGCACAGGUUUGCGCAUGGCCCGGCGCACAUGCAAGGCCAGAUGUGGUGGGAGCAGGGCGCGGCCGAGGCGUUUCCGCAUAUUGGGAUUAUGCACGAGACGUAUGAGGUGCCGGCGGGUGGGUGGGAGAAUGUUCUUCAUAAUUUUAGACCGUUUGGGAUGGGGAAUGCAAAGUAUCCUAUUCCUCAUGCCGUGGGGACGAAGAGUGAGGGGGUGGAGGACGAGGAUGUGGAGUGGGUUAGUGGGUUGAGAAUGGUGGAAAGGGAGGAUGGGAAGACAAUGUAUGGACGUAUGGGGCGGAAAGUUGGAACUCCGGCUCCUGCUAUGAAAUGA